CCCGCGGGGUCCUUCGGCGACGGGAGCGGAGGGAGCGGGAGCGGCGGCGGCGGCGCGAUGAACCUGGAGCUGCUCGAGUCCUUCGGCCAGAACUACCCCGAGGAGGCGGACGGGACCCUGGACUGUAUCAGCAUGGCUCUGACGUGCACCUUCAACCGCUGGGGGACGCUGCUGGCCGUGGGCUGCAACGACGGGCGCAUCGUCAUCUGGGACUUCCUGACGCGCGGCAUCGCCAAGAUCAUCAGCGCCCACAUCCACCCGGUGUGCUCCCUCUGCUGGAGCCGCGAUGGGCACAAGCUGGUCAGCGCCUCCACCGACAACAUCGUGUCCCAGUGGGAUGUGCUGUCCGGGGACUGUGACCAGAGGUUCCGCUUCCCCUCGCCCAUCCUCAAGGUCCAGUACCACCCCCGGGACCAGAACAGGGUGCUGGUGUGCCCCAUGAAGUCGGCGCCGGUGAUGCUGACGCUGUCGGACUCCAAGCACGUGGUGCUGCCCGUGGACGACGACUCCGACCUCAACGUGGUGGCGUCGUUCGACCGCCGCGGGGAAUACAUCUACACUGGCAAUGCCAAGGGCAAGAUCUUGGUCUUAAAAACAGACACUCAGGAUCUUGUUGCUUCCUUCAGAGUGACCACAGGGACCAGCAACACCACGGCCAUUAAAUCCAUCGAGUUCGCCCGCAAAGGGAGCUGUUUCCUGAUCAACACGGCCGACCGCAUCAUCCGCGUGUACGACGGGCGGGAGAUCCUGACCUGCGGCCGCGACGGCGAACCCGAGCCCAUGCAGAAACUGCAGGACCUGGUCAACAGGACCCCCUGGAAGAAGUGCUGCUUCUCAGGGGACGGCGAGUACAUCGUGGCGGGCUCGGCGCGGCAGCACGCGCUCUACAUCUGGGAGAAGAGCAUCGGCAACCUGGUGAAGAUCCUGCACGGAACCCGCGGGGAGCUGCUCCUGGACGUGGCAUGGCACCCGGUGCGGCCGAUCAUCGCCUCCAUCUCCAGCGGGGUGGUUUCCAUCUGGGCUCAGAACCAAGUGGAAAACUGGAGUGCUUUCGCCCCUGAUUUCAAGGAGUUGGAUGAAAAUGUGGAAUAUGAGGAGAGGGAAUCAGAAUUUGAUAUUGAGGAUGAGGAUAAGAGCGAGCCAGAGCAGACAGGUGCAGAUGCUGCAGAGGAUGAGGAGGUGGAUGUGACCAGCGUGGAUCCCAUCGCCGCCUUCUGCAGCAGUGACGAGGAGCUGGAGGACGCGCGGGCGCUGCUGUACCUGCCCAUCGCCCCCGAGGUGGAGGAUCCUGAGGAGAACCCCUAUGGGCCCCCGCCCGAGGCCCUGCCCGGGGCGCUGCCCGACGACGCCCUGGGCCCCGACAAGAAGCGGCCCGGCUCCUCGGACGGGCCCCAGAACCCCAAGAAAAAACCCAAAACCACCAACAUCGAGCUGCAGGGAGUCCCCAAUGACGAGGUGCACCCGCUGCUGGGCGUGAAGGGCGACGGUAAAUCCAAGAAGAAGCAGGCGGGCAGGCCCAAAGGAUCAAAAGGUAAAGACAAAGAUUCUCCAUUUAAACCGAAACUCUACAAAGGGGACAGAGGGGCUUUGCCUCUGGAAGGAGCGGCCAAGGGCAAAGUGCAGGCGGAGCUGGGCCAGCCCCUGACAGCAGGCGGCGCCAUCUCCGAGCUCCUAUGAAGAAUUUCCCCUCCCUCCCUUCUCCUUUCCUCCCUCGGUGGAAAAUUCUGGAAUUCCCAGGCAGGACUGGCACAGACUGAAUUCCAAGGAUUUCAGGGAGUGAUUUGGGGGCAGGAAUGACUCUGCAAGAGGGAGCAGCUCCAGCUGGGAAUUUUUGAGGACAAAUCCCCGUCCCAAAAGUGACCUGAGCCCCUUUCCCUGCCCACUCCAGAGCCUCUCUCCACCUUUUAUCUCCCAAAAUCUCUCAGCAUUCCUGGAUGGAAGAACAGCCCGAAGUGUGAGUUUGGAUUCCUGACUGACUCCUGCCUCCUUUUCCAGCUGGGAAUUCCCAACUCUCCGAGCCUGGCUUUUCCCAGGGCAGAGCUGCUGAUCAGGAAUUUCCAAUUGAAAUUUGGAAAUUUCCAAUGGAAAUUGAAAUUUCCAAUUCCUGAGGCCCCUCUGGAAUCUGCUUUGGUUUUGUGUUUGUUUUUCCAGUGGCAGAAGGAGCAACUUUAGAUAAAAAAAAGUCAUUUUCCAAUUUAUUAUUUUUUUUUUUUUCAGCCUGUGAUUCCCAAAGCUCUUCCUGUCCUUUCCAAUGGUUUUGUUCUUUCUCUUCCCUGGGAAUUCCUCCUCCAGGAAUAUCCAGGCUCCUCCUUGAUAAAACAAAAACCAAUUUUUUUGUCAGAACUGAAGCAGAACUUUCCCAAAGGUUUCCAUUUUUCCCACUUCUGGGUUAAAAUAGAAUCUGGGAGAUCAUUCCCAAUUUUUUAUUCCUUCAGGAAUUCCUGUGGGAAUGGGAAUGGCAUUUCCCUGUCCAGCACUCACAGCCUGGCUCUUAUCCCACACCAACAUCCUGAUCAAAGGAAAUUUCAUUCCUAAAUCCCAUUUUUUUCCCUCCAGACUUUGGAGUUUCGUUGCUCUCAGUGUUCCCCCAGGUGGAAUUAUUGGGAUUAUCAGGAGCUGUUUAAUUAAAUUAAUUAAAUUAAUUAAAUUUAAUUAAAUUUAAUUUCCUGCAGACACAAAAAGCAGGAAGGAAAACGACAAAUUUGCAGCCAGAGCCGUGCAGGUGUAAAAAUGAGGAAGAGAGAAAAACAUUUGGAAAUUAGAGGUUUUGAAAUUUUUCAAAACUUGAUGUUUUUCAUUCCCAGCUUUGGGGACAUUUGGGGAAAUUUUAUGACCACGGGUGUAAAAUUCCUUUUGAUUUUUGGUUCUUUUUGCUUGUGGGGUGACUCUGCUGUGCCAAACCCAGCAAAUUAAAAAUGCCCAGGCCAAGGUUGUGCAGGUUGGGUUAAAGCAUUGAAUGCCCCAAACUCAGCUUCCCCUCUGUACAGUGUAAAUGCCUUUGUUUAUUCCCUUCUUUUAUUUCCUGCUUUAUUUCCUGCUCUGUUCUCAUCUUUAUUUUAUUUCCAUCCUUCUUUUAUUUCCUGCUUUAUUCCCAUCCUUAUUUUAUUUCCCAGUUUGUUUCCAUCCUAAUUUUCUGUCCUGAUUAUUCCCAUCCUAAUUUUAUUUCCUGCUUUAUUCCCAUUUUUAUUUUAU